GCGUCGCUGCUGGAGGCAAACGUGAUGGCUAACGCAGCUAGUACAGGUGUUCCUGAUGACGAGCCGCAGCUGGGUCCAAAAGCAACGAAAAUUAGAGAAAGGAUACGCAACAUAACGAACGAGGAUGACGACAAAGUGGUCAGCCGGGAGGACUCGGCCGUCGUCCACGCCAACCAGUCCGGCCAGAGGUUCACGGCCGCCAUGCACGGCCACGAGCGCUCUCUCCGCGGCCUGGUCAAGCAGGGCUGCACGAUGGUGGGCAAUGUGGAAGUGGCGGCCGUGAGCGGCGAGGUGGCUGCCGUUGUGGACAGUGAAACCCGACGAGACACUUGGAGGGACGCCCUUGAGAACGACCACAAGAAAACUCGUCAGGCGCUGAAGAAGAUGCAGGAGGCCUGGGAACUCUCCACAGACUUCUGCAUCCCCGAGGACCUGCACGAAAGCCUGUGUCAGCUGAGGGAAUGGAGCGAAGAACUGACGCAGCAGAAGGUGGCUGUGAUCGAGGGACUGCGGGAGGAGCUGCGAGAGCUGGACGCCAUAUACAGCAGGGAAGCUCUUCAACAUGCCCGGGAGAGGGUCGAGUUGCUCAGGAGAAUCACAGAGCACGUGACCGAACUUCACCAAUCUUACCGUACCUCACUGAGGGCCGUACAGGAAGUGGCGGACACCGAGCGCAAGGAGCUGGUGGUACAUUACAGCGAUGUAUGGGAUGAGGCCGUUCGGGAAUUAAACCAACAGCUGCACCGCCUCCUGCACGAACGGUUGCACAAUCGCACGUCUCGAAUGGACGAAAUAAUUGAGCUGAAGCUGCACGGCGCCGCCCCACACACCGCCAUCAAAGACCAACUCGACGCCGACAUCGAAAAGGUGCUGGUAGAGCUGAUGAGGGUGAAGGCUGGGCAGCAGAUGGAGGAGAGCCAGCUACGCUACAACCAGCAGGUCCUCCAGCAGCAGUACAGGGAGACGACCGCCCUAGUUAGCGAGGGCAGACGCACACUUAACGCUCUCAGGCCCUCGCUUAACAGCAGCAGGAGAAAGGCAGAGGAAGCCGACUGCAGGCGCUUGACAAGGGAGCAGAACGUCGUGCGAGAGGUGAAGAGAGUGAAGGAACUGAUUCAGCAGUACAAGGACAGACUCGGCAACACCACGACCUUCUACACUCAGCAAGCCCGCGGCCUCUCUCUCAUGCACUACGAAGCCAUGCACCAGCUGGUUAUGGAAAUCGUGGAGAUGGACCGCGGGAUCCAGCACGGGGUCUUAGCCCGCGAGUGGGUGGAACCCGACCUCUCGGCCCUCUCGGACCUCUGCCCCGCCCUCAGCCCCGCCGACACUCCCGCCCUCGCUGCCGCCUCCAGGAUACUGGCUCCCUCAAGCGAAGGCUCAGUGACAGGUUCGGACGCAGACACAGGCACUGUCGACGAGGACUUCCUGACGAGGCUGGCGGAGGAGGCCGCCUUCCUGGUCAGUGGCGACAUCUCCCAAAUGCGGCACCACGGCCCACUCCUUCUGCUGGAGCAUGUCUUUUGGGAGCUGGGAAUCCACACGGAAAAUGACGUCUCACGCCUCCUGAAGCUCGCGAGGCGCCACCUAGCUUCUCGGCCGCCACCACCUCAGCCUCCUCAACGGCAAAGGGAGGAUGCCCAGGCCGAUGGGUAUGACGCUGAAGCUGAUGAGGGUAUAUCAGAAUUCGAAGGAAUAUUUACAUCGGAAGACGUGCUGGCAGUCCUCGUGGCCUUUUGCUCGUCAAGGAAGGACGGGGGCGUGGGGAAGGAGGCCGACGGCUCAGAGGCUCUCGAACCCCACUACGCCGGCGAGAAGGAGGAAUCCGGCCGCUGGAACUCCUUCCUGCAGGCUUUCGGUCGCAGGACCCGCGCCUGGACCGCCAUCAGACACGCCCUAAGCCAGUACCUGCAUGUGUUGGAAGGUCGCCUUGACGAGACGCGGAAGGUGGAGCGGCUGCGGCGAGAGAAUGCGGAGUUGCGUCACCUUCUCCAGGGCGUCACCUUGGACUUGUGACCUGUGACCUGUAUUGCCAUCAGGAAAGCUGCUUGUGAUCCGCCUUGUAAUCGAAGAAAGGGUGUGAUCUGCAGUCAAUUCUUUACCCUCGAGCUUUGCAACUACUAUAGAAGCAAGGUGUACUGUGAUCUGCUUCAAGACCAAGUGAAAGAAAUGUAGAUCUACAACUUACUUUUUAAAAAAUGUGUUCCGGCCUCAAAUAGAUCAAAUAACAUAUGCGAUUAUACUCAAUAUGUCAUUUUGGAAGGGAAGUAGUCACACUUAUGUAAAAGUCCUUCCAAUAUUAGUUCAGGAACUGGGAAUCCACACGAAAAGACGUCACGCGCCUCCUGAAGCUCGCAAGGCGUCAUCUAACUACGCAUCAAGACGUCAUCUAACUGUUUGCUUUCAAUGUUGCCCGAUCCCUGUAUGACCCAACCUGGCCUAACCUAACCUGCGCUUCCUGGACACACUAGGACAACAGGACAUCCGAAAUCCCCGUGGCUUCAUUGGGACUUCAGCUGUUGUCAUAGGAACAUCGAGCAACAUUUUUUUGUUUUGUUUUUAGAAAAUAUUGUAGUUUGUA